AUGUCAGGCCUCGAGGUCCUCGGUGUCGCUGCCAGCAUCAUCCAGAUAGCUGAUCUCGGAGCACGAGUGUCCAUCAAACUCAGCACAUUCCACCGCAAAGUCAAACAGGCCAACGACAACAUCCAGAACCUCUCCACCGACGUUGCGCUCACCUGCACCGUCCUGAAGCAGCUGGGCGACAAUCUCCAGCAAGAUGAAGAUGUGCAAUUGUGCUCCCCCGACGCGUUCAGCGUCGCCAAGGAUAUCAUGGGGGAAUGCGACAAAGUCUUUCGGCAAAUCGAAAGUGCGAUGGAGGACGACAUUAUUAGCGCCAGCCCCAGCGCCAGUACGUCCGCCGUGACACAUCACGUCCGAAAAGCUGCUCGCAAGCUUCAUUUUGUCUUCUUGGAGCCCCAGCUAUCAGUAUUGCAGAGCAAUCUCGAUCGCUUGAAAUCUACCAUGUUACUCAUGCUGAACGUCAUCAUCUAUGCUGGCCAAGUCCGGAGAAAAGAAGCCGAAGUGAACCAGCAGGAGCAAAAAGAGAUUAUCGAGAUUCUGGUAGACGAGCAGAGGAUAAAGACGAAAAGAUAUCAACAAUUAACGAAAGCAAUUGAAUUUGUUGAUCCUGGUGAAAGUACACGAGCCGCGUCACCAUAUACUCCCCAAGACAAUGCUCCUUUUGGCGUUUUGGCAGUGCAAGACAACACCGAAAAUCCGGACGAGUCAAUUCCAGAAGAGCUAGCGAAAUAUGCCAAUCUGAUCAAGUCGUUACUGACGAGCGUCGAUGAGAUUAAGUUCGCAUUAGAUAGCGCUCGUUAUCAGCGAAUCAAGAAGGGAGUGCUUACUAUCCAUGACAAGGAAUUGCCUCCAUUUCAACAUCAACAUGGGGACUCUACUUGUAACAAGCUUUUUGAUGGCCCCUUAUUUGAACGUCACGAAUCUGUCGAAGACAAAGAAAACCGUCUUCUGGCAGUCAAAAACGAUGUCGAUAGUCUCCGUAGACAUCCUAACUUAGAAACAGUGCGUGUUCAUGACGAAUAUAUUGUCAGAAUUCAACAGGGUUCUGAGUCGGUCGUGGUAAGAGCCGAAUCCAGAGCCAGGGCAAGACCAACCAUGCUCAGACGGGCAAAGGAUGCUGUAACUUAUCCAUUCCGAAAAGCAGGACAAUCCUUGUCGCGGUUGGCGAACCGUCCAAAACACAAAAACGUUGUUGCAAGUUUAUCUGCAGGGAUACAUGCAAAUUCACAUCACCUGGAGCCCUCGGCAACAGGUCAGGCGCCAGGAUGGGAAGUUUCUGAUAGACCUAUAUUUGAACUAGAUGCAGGCCAAGUGCCGCAAAGAGUUGAUCUGCCGCAACCAGAAUCCUGGGUUGAGCCUUCGGUUGUACAAAGUCCUAUAACUGGGGACGACAAUUUGCCUGAAAAUGAUUUGGCGAAGGAGAAUAAGAAGAGCAAGCAGGAUAGUGUCCCGGUGCAAGAAGGAGUGCAAGAAUGGGAGCAAGAAGCAGUACAAGAAGGAGUACAAGAUCUGAUUCUCAAAUGGACUACUUUGGACAUGUCCGAAAUUGCAUAG